UGCUAAGAAAACUCCCCCCAUCAUGAAUAAUCUUUUCGCUGUCUUUCUGUUCCUUCUUCCAAUCUUCAUUCUCUUGAUCAGGGAAAGAAGAUGGUCGAAACGGCUCCCUCCGGGCUCACUAGGCUUGCCUAUUGUAGGCCAAAGCCUCCGCCUUCUUCGUGCGAUGAAAGCCAACGCUGGCGAAAAAUGGUUCGAAGAAAAGAUCAAGAAAUAUGGACCAGUAUUGAAGCUGAACUUAUUUGGAAAACCAACAAUCUUCAUUUAUGGACAGGCUGCGAACAAGUUUAUCUUCUCCAGUGAUGGCAGCACUACUGUUUAUCAACAAACCAAGUCAACAAGCAUGAUAUUUGGAGAAAGGAGUUUGUUUGGACUUACCGGACAAGAUCACAAGCGCGUUAGGCAAGCCCUUCUUUCAUUCUUGAGGCCGGAGUCGUUGAAAGAGUAUGUUGGGAAGAUGGAUGAAGAAGUGAAUAAGCACUUUGAAAUGCAUUGGCAAGGGAAGCAAGAGCUCACGGUUAUGCCAUUGAUGAAGACCCUCACAUUCAACAUAAUAUGCUCUCUGUUAGUCGGACUCGAGCGAGGAACUCAAAGAGAUGAGCAUGUGCAGAGCUUUCAAGAGAUGAUGGGAGGAGUAUGGUCAGUACCAAUUAACUUGCCCUUCACACGCUACAACCGCAGCCUCAGAGCAACUGCAAGGGUACGGACAAUGCUCAAGGAUCUGAUUUCACAGAAGAAGCAAAAGGGUGGUUCUGGUUCGCCCCGUCAAGACCUCAUCACUUACUUGCUCAAUAUCGGCCAUGACAGCAAUGAGCAAGAAAUAACUGAAGAGGAGAUCAUUCAUAACGCUGUACUUGUCAUGAUUGCUGGACAUGACACUACUUCUAUUCUGCUCACUUUCUUGAUCCAAGUAUUAGCCAACAAUCCUACCAUUUAUGCUCGUGUUCUUCAAGGUAUACAUAUAAUUCAACCAAGGGGCGAUAGCCCCAUUGGUGAUCUUACUGUUAGGCAUUCGGUAUGUGUGGGCAUGUCCGGUGUUCGAAAUCUCUUGGAUAUUUUCCUGGUGGUAUUUGCAUCGUGGGCUUGUCUUGCCGGUGAUGUUUACGCGCAUGGUUUUUGA